AAUAUGGAUGGUCCAGCAGGUGAUAAGCUCUCCAACAAUGGAGAAAACUAUGAUGGCAUGUUCGAGAGCGAGGAAGAAAAACUCGCCGGACAAGCGGAGGCAUGGAAAUACACAUUUGCAUUUGUGGAGUCUUUGGCAGUAAAAUCCGUCGUUCUGCUCGGAAUCCCCGACAUCAUUGCGCACCAUGGCCACAGAGCAACGCUUUCCCUCUCACAAAUCGCCGCAGAGCUUCCCAGCGAAAAGCCCGACGUCAAUUGCCUCUUCAGAAUCCUGCGCUUCCUCGUUGCAAAAAACUUUUUCAGGGCCGACACGAGCGAAGGGGCGAAUGAAGUGAGAUACGGCCUAACGCCUGCUUCUAAAUGGUUGGUAAAAGACGGCGUGGCGGCGCCGUCGCUGUCCAUAACUGCCCUGCUACUCAUGCAGAACGACGUGACGAUGAUGGCGCCGUGGCACCAUUUCAACGAUUGCGUCCUCGAUGGCGGCGUGGCGUUCGAGAAGGCUAACGGCCUUCAUGUUUGGGACUACGCGGCGGCGCACCCUGAUUACAACGGCCUUUUCAACCAAGCCAUGGCUUGCAACACCAACUUCGUGAUAAAGGCCUUGUUGUCUACUUACGGGGGGUUUCAGGGCUUGAAUUCCUUGGUGGACGUCGGAGGUGGGAUCGGAAUAACCAUCGCAGAGAUCGUCAAAGCCCAUCCAACUAUAAAUGGCAUCAACUAUGAUCUCCCCCACGUCGUAGCUACGGCUCCCCGUUUCCCUGGGGUAAAGCACGUCGGAGGGGACAUGUUCAAGAAGGUUCCAUCAGCAGACGCUGUAUUCAUGAAGUUGAUAAUGCAUGAUUGGGCGGACGAGGACUGCGUAAAAAUUCUGAAGCAAUGCAGAAAGGCGAUUCCAGAUGAAGGGAAGGUGAUAAUUGUGGAUGUGGUUCUGAAUACCCAAGAGAAGACAGGGGUGGUUCCUAGUUUGGGUCUUGUGUCUGAUCUGGUAAUGCUUGCGCACACCAGUGGUGGGAAAGAGAGAAGUGAAGAGCAGUGGGAGAAUCUGUUAAAGGAAGGAGGAUUUCCUCGUUUCUAUGUUAUUGCCAUACCGGCAUUGCAGUCUGUAAUUGAAGCUUUUCCUUAUUAGCCGCUCUGUGUACAGAAAAAUAGGUUAGCUCUCUUAUUAGUGCAGCGCUUGCAGUUGUCUAGCCUCUAAA